AUGAACAUCUUCACCCACCUCACAGGACUAGCCCAACAAACCAGCAAGCUGGGGUCUGUGCUCCAACGCGCCUUCUACGGCACCAGCGGCAAGGUGACCCUCUUCGAGCAGAGGAACUUCGCCGGCCGCCGUCUGGACCUGAGCUCGGACUGCACCCGGAUCAGUGACAAGAACUUCCCAGAGAGAUGCAACUCUGUGCAGGUGGAGAGCGGAGCGUGGGUCGGCUACGAGCACGAGAACUUCCGUGGCCGUCAGUACCUGUGGGACAUGUCGGAGCGCGGAGAGUACAACUGCUACGACAGGUGGUGCGCUCAGGUGGACCACGUGUCCUCCGUCAGGGCCGUCAGGCAGGACAACGACCCGGGGACGGCCCACCUGUUUGAGCGCGCCGGCUUCUCGGGGAAGAAGAUGGAGGUCCAGGACGACGUGCCCAACAUGAUGAGCCGCUACAGCCUGAACCGGGCCGCCUCCAUCCGGGUGCUGGGAGGAGCGUGGGCCGUGUACCAGGAGCCCAACUACCGGGGGCCCCACUACGUCCUGGAGAAGAAGGACUACAACAACCACUCGGACUGGGGCAGCCAGAACAGCACCGUGGGCUCCAUGCGCCGGGUCCGCUUCACCUAG